AUGUCUGCUUUUGAUAACUUAGUUGUUGUUGGGAAGCUGAAGCUGAAAGGAAAACCCUUGGCCGUGAAAGGAGGUGGGGUUUCAAAGAAAAAUAAGAAGAAACGCAGCAAUUAUUAUCACCAAUUGUCUCAAGCCUCACAAGGUGGAGAAGCAGUGAUGGAUGAUACUGAGAAUGACGGUGGCAGAGUACAGGCUGGGGCUUAUGAUGAUCAUCUGACACCCGCGGAGAGGCGGUACCUCCAACAGACAGAGAGGAUUCGACUGCAAAAGCUUGCCAAGAUGGCCAAAAAAUCACAUCGCGAUCGGGUUCAGGAAUUUAAUCACUAUCUGGCAAAUCUUAGUGAGCAUUAUGACAUUCCCAAAGUAGGCCCUGGCUAA